AUGACUACUGAUUAUAAGUUUGAAGGAUGGAUGGGCGAGGAUGAACGAUCUGCUGAAGGGAAUAUGGUCUGGCAAGAGUACGAGCCCAAGAAGUGGGAGGAGACUGACGUUGAUAUCCGCGUUACCCACUGUGGUAUCUGCGGCUCUGACAUCCACGUCCUCCGCUCAGGCUGGCGUCAAGCACCAUACCCCGUAGUUGUAGGCCACGAGAUCGUCGGCGUCGCUGUACGCGUUGGCAGUCAAGCUGAAGGGGGCAUUAAAGUCGGCGACAUUGUCGGUGUCGGUGCUCAAUCCGACGCUUGCCUCAACCGCAAGUUAGGCAAUGACAGCAAUGAGCGGGCAAAAUGCAGCGAGUGCGCUUCUGGGGAGGAGAAUUACUGCACCCGCAUGGCCCCAACAUACGGCUCAAAGUUCCUAUCAACGGGCGACAAAACCCAGGGCGGCUAUGCUCGCUAUCAUCGUUGCCCUUCGCACUUCGUCUUUCGCAUCCCUGAGGGUGUCGCACCAGAGUACGCAGCUCCUCUUCUCUGUGGUGGCGUAACUGUCUAUUCGCCUCUGAAGCAAUUCGGUGCUGGGCCUGGUAAGAAGGUCGGCAUAGUUGGCGUUGGAGGGCUAGGUCAUUUUGCCGUGCUCUUUGCUCGUGCGCUUGGGGCCGAUGAGGUUGUAGGUAUCUCACGAAGAGAGAGCAAGAGGCAGGAAGCCAUGGACCUUGGAUGCACAGAUUAUAUCGCCACAGCUGAUGAGGAGGGAUGGGAAACGAAGCAUUCUCGGAGGCUCGACCUUAUCAUCUCAACUGUGUCGUCUCCAAAGAUGCCUCUCGCUGAUUAUAUCGGACUCCUGCGGCUAGACGGUACGCUCGUCCAAGUUGGUCUUCCUGAAGGGCAGCUCCCAUUCCGACCAGGAAGUCUUACUGGGGCUCGUCGAAGGAUCGCAGGCUCGAGCAUUGGAUCGCCAGCUGAGAUCAAAGAAAUGCUGCAGCUGGUCGCAGAUAAGAAUGUCAAGCCUUGGGUUGAGAUGCGUCCUAUGUCAGAUGCAAACCAGGCUAUCGUUGACUUCGAGGCUGGAAAGCCGCGAUUCCGUUAUGUUCUAGUUAAUUAA